GAGGGAGAGGAGAGGAGGAGAGGGAGAGGAAGAGGGAGGAGGGGGAGGAGGAGAGGGAGGAGGAGAGGAGACGCCACGGACCGGGGCCUCGAGUCGGGGGUCCUCUGGAUGGAGACGCCGCGAGGCGGGGAGGUCGCCAGUGCCUUUCUCGAUUGAGAAACCGGUGGGGUGGAGCCCAGGUGCCUCGUCCACCCUGGGGGAUGAGCGAGAAGGAGCGGGAGGAGAAGGAGGAGGUGGCGGGUCAGAGCAGGAGGAGGGCGGCAGAUGAGGAGGAGGAGGAGGAGGGGGGAGAGGGGGGAGAGGAGGAGGACGAGGAGGAGGCUCCACCACCAGCCAAGCGACAAAGAGGUCGCCCGCGGAAACAGCAGCAGGUCUCUGCGGCUGCCCCCACACCCAAGCGACCUCGGGGCAGACCCAAGGGCAGCAGGGGCAAGGCGCCACAGACGACGGCAACGGAGGCACCGGGAGAGAAGAAAAGGCGAGGGCGCCCCAGGAAGCGGGAACCGGAACAGGCAGCUCAAGAGCCACCUCAGGGGUCCUCGGGCACCAGCCAAUAGAAGCAGGCCUCAUGCUACCUCAAGACGGUCGGGUCCUGUGAACACGUAAGGUGGCUAACGAGGUCAACUGCCUGCACGAAAUAAGUUAAAAUAUGAUGCCCAAAUACACAAAGGCGGCCGUUAAAACUCGAUUUAACCGCACGGUUAAGUUAACUGCACUGCACAGUCUGGCGGAUUGGGAGAAAUCGCGAUAAACUCAAAGCUAAAAAUUGCUUUGUGCCGUUGAGAUCCUGGGUUGCAAUCACAGCGAUGACACCGGUGUCUCAUAGACUCACGUAGAGACCCACAGACUCACAUAGAGACCCAUAGACUCACGUAGAGACCCACAGACUCACGUAGAGGCCCCCAGACUCACACAGACACCCACAAACUCACAUAGAGACC